CUGAGUUUUGACACCCGACUAGGCCCUUGGCAAGUUGAAGGCUUGAGAAACGAAGUGGAGCUUAAGUGCUCCCACAGCAAUCCCACAGUCUACCAUAGUGGUUUUUUUUGGGUAUCUCUCCAGUGUCUGCACUGAUUCUUUGAGCUGCUUAAGGCUGGACACAUACCCUCCACAUCGAACGCGUCAUCAAUCUGCACCGUAUCUACCAUGAAACACUUAUCACUAUCACUGAAAGAGGCCUUGCUUCCCCAGCCUCCAAGUUUCAUGAAAAAACAAUCAUAUGAGAUUCACGAAAUUCUUGGAUCAGGGACAUUUGGGAAAGUCAUGAGAGCGACAUGGCAAGUUCCCCCUGACUUAGCCGAUGUUUCGCGGCAAGGGGCGUUCCCAACAUCGCCAACAUCUCCAACUGAUCACACCUCUGGGCGAUCAUCCAUCCCUCUUCUCCAUCCCCAUCAUAUGAAGAGGUCCAUCUCUCGAACAUCUAACUCUUCCGCCCCUCCGUCACCCGGAGGACAUAACCACGUCUCAAUAGUGAAAGAAGUUGCAUUGAAGGUCAUUCCGAAGAAGAAAGUAAAGGGAAAUGAAGCUGCCGUCUGGGGCGAGAUGGAUGUCCUCAAGGGUCUUGACCACCCCAAUAUUGUCAAGUUUUAUGAAUGGUUCGAGUCCCGAUCAAAGUACUAUCUUGCUUUUGAGCUAGCUGUCGGUGGCGAGCUCUUUGACCGUAUAUUGAAAAGAGGAAAGUUUACUGAGAAAGAUGGCGUUGCAGUCAUUCGGUCUAUCUUGUCAGGAGUGAAGUACCUACACGAUCACGAUAUCGUGCAUAGGGACUUGAAGCCCGAGAAUAUUUUGUACCGAACAACGGAUCCGGAUAGCGACAUUGUUAUAGCUGAUUUCGGAAUUGCAAAACAUCUGCACACACCAGAAGAGCAGCUGCAUUCGCUAGCUGGAAGCUUUGGCUACGUCGCCCCCGAGGUUCUCAACAAGCAAGGGCACGGGAAAGCAGUGGAUAUCUGGUCAACGGGUAUCAUCGCUUAUGUUCUGCUCUGCGGUUACUCGCCGUUCAAAGGAGAUGAUACAAACGAGAUGAUUCGGGAGACCACAGAGGCCAAGGUCGAAUUUCAUGAGCGAUACUGGUCUAAGGUGUCUGAUGAGGCGAAGGCAUUUAUCAAACUUUUAUUGAACCCCGAUCCAUCGCAACGUCCUACUGCGCAACAAGCUCUGAACAAUCAUUGGUUGACGACGCACAAGGCCUCUACUGAACACGACGUCAUCUCAGGUCUCAGAGAAAAUUUCGACGCUCGCAAGAGGUGGCGCACCGCCAUCAUGUCAGCGCGCGUCAUCAACCGGUUCGGCAGACGGCCCAGUACGGCUUCUACGGCUUCAAGCACAGGUAGCGGCGGCUGGGGAGAAGACCACGUCCACCCUGACGGAGGCGAGGAAGACGGUGAGGAGGAUACUGCCGACGGCGAGUUCCACGACCUGCCCGACCAAAUCAAGGCCUCGCUCUCAUUAGGCGGGACCGACCCAGGAUCGAACGAGUAUGUGAAAGUCAUAGGGCCAGAGCCAGAUGACAAAGGUGACCAGCUGGUGAGUCCAGUAUGAAAAGCAAGACAACCUUUUCAUCGCUUGCCGCCUCUCUUUCGAAAGAGAAAGCAGUUCACGUGGUGGAGCGAGUGGAUACCUCGGAGUCAUAUGUUGCAGCUGAUGACGAGUCAGAGCUGAAGAUCCCUGGAUACCUGCAUGGAGGGAAGGUUCCGUGGCAGAGUAGUUCCCCCGUUUCUGGUCAUCACACGUGGUACGAUGCGCCGAAGAAGUUUUUUGGAUUGUGAAGGUUACUCCGUUGAUCUGGAAGUCAGCCGUAAGUUAUAUGUGAUGUAACAUUAUGCACAACUUAGCCUAGCUCUUUUUGCUACAUGGUUCUGGACUAAUCCGUUGUAUCGAUCUAUCUUUUUACCCAUUAAAUGAAAUGACAGUGGUCAACAUA